AAAAUUUCAGGACUGUAAUAAAGAUAAUUGUACGCACAUCGAAUGUGAUAUCCGACGGCUCAACGAGGAUGAGUUUGUAUUAGUGGAAAUUUAUGCUCGUUUGGCUUUGAACACCUUAAUCGACAAUAACAUCUAUGAAGCUGAUAUAUCAUCCAUCGGGAUAGCCAAAAUAUCAUCGCUACCAAGUGCACCAAGAUACAAUCCACCUGCACAACUUGUUGCU